AUGCAAGGUUUAUCUUCUUCAUUAUCAUGGUCACUUCCAUGUUCUUCAAAAUUCAAAGUAGUAAAAGCCGCAUACGACACACAACAGAGACUCCCUUAUAACCCUAACACUCCUAGAAAACUCACCAACAACACUCAAACCCAACCGCAACCUCUUCCUCUCACCACACCACCACCACCACCGCCACUUUCUACGCGCAAGGAUCAGUACAUUACCGAUCUUCUCAAACGCGACACUCCUCUUCCCACCUCCGGGAAAAUCGAAGAAGAAGAAGAAAGCGAAACCUAUUUAGGUUAUGAAAGAUGGCUUCCAACUCCACCCAAAGUCGUUAAGCCUCGUUCGGUGUUUAAUGCUACUGCCUUAGCAUAUAUUGGUGAUGGCAUUUAUGAGCUAUAUGCUCGUAGGCACUUUUUAUUUCCUCCCCUUAGUAUUGAAGAAUACAAUAAUCGUGUGAUGGCAGUGGUUCGCUGUGAGGCUCAAGAUGCGUUGCUUCAGAAGCUUCUAGACAGUAAUUUCUUAUCAGAUCAAGAGAGGGAUGUUCUUCGAUGGGGAAAGAACAUUGUUUCAAGCAAAACUAAGACAAAAAAACGGGCUGGUUCAGCUGUAUAUAACAGGGCAUCUUCGCUAGAAACAUUAGUUGGCUAUCUCUAUUUGACAAAUGUGAAUCGCUUGGAAAAGCUAAUGUUAGAAUUGGGAUUCUCAGUAGACUCUUCAAUGCCUUUGAAUUUGGAGGAAUUAAUAACAGGUGAGCUGAACCGUUAA